AUGGUCGCGCCAGCACUUGACUCCAUGGCCCUCGAUCUCAAAGUGGAGUCGAAAACAGAGCAGUACCUGAUGAUGUCGAUUUUUCUUCUUGCCUACGCUCUUGGUCCCUUCAUUAUUGCCCCUCUUUCUGAAAUGUACGGGCGGGUGGUGGUCUUGCAGUCCACAAACAUGUUCUAUCUCGUCUUCAAUAUUGUUUGUGGCUUCGCCACAUCCCCGGCACAGAUGUUUGCUUUUCGGUUCCUCAGUGGCUUCGGGGGGAGUGGUGUCUUAAGUGACUGCUGGCGGAAGGAAGAACGAGGAGCAGCAACCGCCCUCUAUAGUUUGAUGCCAUUCUUAGGGCCGGCAGUAGGUCCAAUUGCUGGUGGGUAUUUGACCCAGUAUAUGUCGUGGAGAUGGAUCUUCUGGAUUGUCUCCAUCGCGGACGCCGUGGUCCAAGUUCUGGCCUUCUGCUUCCUGAGUGAGACCUACGCGCCGGCUAUCUUGGCGAAGAAAAGAAGAAAGCUACAAAAAGAGACCGGAAACCAUAAACUUUACACUGAAUAUGAUACUCCCGAACGCUCGGUUAGCCAGGAGCUACGGAUGAAUCUGAUUCGGCCUUUCAGAAUGCUUUUCACACAGCCGGCGAUCCAGGCCCUCGCCUUGUAUCGCGGCUACCAGUAUGGACUUAUGUAUCUUGUUUUGGCAUCAUUUCCUAUGGUGUGGGAGGUGGUAUACCGAGAAGACACCGGCACAGCCAGCUUGAACUACCUCUCCCUCGGUAUCGGAUUUGUACUAGGGCUACAAUUCUGUGGCCGUGUCCUUGACAAGAUAUACGUGCGCCUUAAAGAGCACUACAACCACGAUGGACGACCCGAAUUUCGCGUUCCAAUGAUGGUGCCUGGUGGCCUCUUAGUCCCAUUGGGUCUUUUCAUCUAUGGAUGGUCAGCUCAAGAGAAGCUCCAUUGGAUAGUGCCCAAUAUUGGGGCGGCAAUAUUCGCAUUCGGAUUGAUCAUCUCCUUCCAGUGUGCGCAAACGUAUGUCGUCGACGCCUAUUCACGAUACGCGGCCAGCGCGACUGGUGCAGCGGCAUUUGUGCGGACAAUGGCCGGGUUUGCUUUCCCUCUCUUUGCAGAUAGUUUGUAUAAGAGUCUGGGGCUAGGAUGGGGUAAUAGUUUGUUAGGGUUUGUGAGCCUUGGGCUGGGGACUGUUGCUCCCGUGCUGUUGUGGUUUUAUGGCGAGUGGCUAAGAUCCAGGAGCACUUAUUGUGCCGGCUAG